AUGCAUCGCGUCGCGCGGAGCGGAGCGGAGGACGCCGACGGAGGGAUCGCGGGACAGACGGCGACGCGCGACGACUUCGCGGGGGCGUCGUCGCGCGAGAUUCGACGCCUCGCGCCCUCGCCGUCGUCGUCGGAUGGAUCGGACGACGACGACGACGACGACGACGACGCGUCCCGCGCCUCGUCGUCGUCGUCCGACGAGCCGCUGACGUGCUGGUACCUGCGCCCGCGCGGGACGCUGCGGCGCGGCGUCGGCGCGAUGUGCCUCGACGACGACGACGCGACGACGACUUCGACGACGACGACUUCGACGACGACGACGACGUUCACCCCGCUUCGCGCGCGCGACGACGACGACAUCUCGCGCCGGUGCGACGCGCACGGCGUCGUCGCGACGCGGUGGACGUCGGACGCUCGCGACCUCGCGACGGCGGCGCGCGCCCGCGCGUGCGUCAUCCCGCGCGCGGAGGAGGAGGAGGAGGAGGAGGAGGAGAAGGAUCGUUCGUCGGCGCCGCCGCGGCUCGCCGAGCUCGCGUCCGCGGCGCUCGCUCGAACCCUCGCGACGACGCCGCGUCUCCCGCCAUCGCUCCCGGUGCAUAUCCUCAACGACGUCGUCGAGCGCGCGGGCCUGCGCGCGCUCGACCACCGCGUCCUGGCGAUGGUGCUCGGGCACGGGCUCACGCGUCUGCGGUUCAGGCGCGUUCGUAUUCGCACUGGUUCCCAUACGAUCCCGUUCGCGUUGUGGACGCCGUUCCUUAAGGACUUAACCCGGCGCCCUCUCCGUCGCUCUCGUCCAAUGAAACGUACACGUCAUCAAAUAAGUAACCAAUCACAUCACUUCCCGCCGCGUCGCCCGCCAAUCACAUCACUUCCCUCAGAGACGUCCCCGCGUUGUUCCGCGCGCGCGUCCCCCGGACGUGGAUGCACUGGCGCGAGGGCCUCAGCGAUAUCAACCACGGGAUCGCGGAGCCGAGAGAGGACCUGCGCACGCCCGGGCCGGCGUGCAUGUUCGACGUGCACGACGGCGACGUGGUGCCGAACGACCGCGGGUGGACGCGGCUGUGGCGGAUGA